UUGAACGAACAAGAAGACAUCUAACGAACAGAAAUGGAAAAAAGAUUUUUAAUUGUCCUGCCCGUACUGAUAUUGAUGCCGCUUUUAGCAUUGGCACAAAAACCACGUCGCGAUGAGAAUUAUCCUCCACCAGAAUUUCUGAAAAGAUUUAUCAUUAUCCAUGAUGUUUGCGUUGAAAAAACAGGAGCCACUGAAGCUGCCAUCAAGGAAUUCAGCGAUGGGGAAAUACACGAAGAUCCGGCUUUAAAAUGCUACAUGAAUUGUUUAUUCCACGAAGUAAAUAUUGUCGAUGAUGAUGGCGAGCUGCACUAUGAGAAAUUGAAGCGUGUCCUGCCCGAUGAACUGACACAGUUCGUUCAGCAUAUUAUCGAUGCCUGUGAAUCGCAUGUCCCCCAGGGCAGUAAUCAGUGUGAACGAGCAUGGUCUUGGCAUGUUUGCUUUAAACAAACGGAUCCCGUGCACUAUUUCCUGCCCUAAACGGAUGAACGACCAAUGUAAUAUUUUAUUUAUUCUAUUAAACUGUGUAUUAUUAUUUAUUU